AUGAACAAAUUUUUAUCAAUUAUUUGUCUCGCUCUUUUUAUCUCGGCUACAUUAGCCAAACAAAAGUCAGCAACUGAACAAGCUACUGCUGCCGCUGAACAGGCUGCUGCUGCCGCUGCUGCUGCAGCUACUGAUUUAAAAGAUAAAGUUGUUGAAAAAGUAAAAGAUGUAUAUGAUGCUACUCAACCAAAAGUUGCUGAAGGUGCCGAAUAUUUAAAAGAUAAAGCUAAUGAAGCUUACAAAGCUGGAAGCAAACUUGCUGAUGAAUAUGGUGAUGUUGCUAAAGAAAAAUUAGCUAAAGUUGCUGAAGAUGUCAAAGCUUCAGCUCAAAACUUUGCUAAUGAUGCAGCUAAAACCGGACAAGAAUAUGCUCAAGAAGGUAUGAAACAAGGUCAAAAAUUAGGUGAACAAGCUUUUGAAGUUGGAAAAGAUAAAGCUAAUGAUGCACUUAAUUCUGCUAAAAAAUCAGGUGCCGAAGCAUAUGAAGCUGCACUUGAAUUAGGCGCUGAUGGUGUAAAGAAAGCUAAACAAUUACCUGAACAAACUCUUGAAUUAACUCGAGAUAAAGCUAAUGAAGCUUUGAAAGCUGGUCGUCAUGCUGGUGAAAAUGCAUUUGAAUCAACAAAAGAAUAUGCACAUGAAACAAAAAAACAAGCAUCAAAGAAAGCUAAAGAAACAGCUGAAGAAACAAGCGAAAAAGCACAAAAAGCAAAGAGAAAUGCUGAUCUUUAA